CAGACCGUCACCCACAACAUUUCCUUCAUUGCCGUGAUCUCCUGCACGAACCUUGUUCCUUCAGCCCGAACAGGCAUCCAUCCUGACGCUGUCGCAGCCUUGGUUGGGCUUUCAGCUUCGUACGGCUUCUCUUUUCUUGCGCAAAGAUCGCGUAUACAACGGAUCGACCAUUAAGGUCAUUGUUUUCGAAUAGCACUGAUUAAUUUCGACCGAGAUUUGAAAGGUGGCAUGUUGAUAUGUCUUUUGGGUUGACAGGGUUCAUGGUGUCUCAAUUUGGACAAGGACAUGGUUUAUUGUGCUCUAUUCCUUCUUUACAGGUCAAGUAUUUUCAAUCUGCACGCUCAAAAACGUCUCGCUGCCAGUGGUCACCUACCAAGUACAGAAUGAAGACGCUGUCUCCACAUUUAUCAUGUCGCUCAGAAGCUCCAAAGUCCAGUAACGCAGUCGAAUCGGCGAUUUAUAUAAUCCGUGACCAAAUCGAUCAUAUCUCGUAUUGAUAUCGUUUGCAGGCGAAAAAUCUUCCGUUUUACGAGACCUUUUCAUGAGCCCUCAUCCGAAUCCAUCCGUAGAACUCAUUUUCCUUGGGACAGGAACAUCUUCCGGCCUCCCCAGCAUAGCAUGUUUAACCCAACCACUGGAUGAAAAAACGCGAGGAUGUAGGGCAUGUUUGUCGACGUUGAAACCAGAGGGAAAACACAACAUCAGGAGGAAUACCUCAGCAGUUCUAAGGAUGAAGGGUAAGAAAGGUCAAACACUAACGAUUGUCAUUGAUGCGGGGAAAACUUUCCAGGCAUCAGCUUUGGAAUGGUUUCCUAAAUACGGUCUUCGGCGAAUAGAUGCGUUACUACUUACACACGCCCAUGCCGAUGCCGUGAACGGGCUUGAUGAUCUACGAGAGUGGACUUUGAGGGGCAGCAUACAAACAUAUAUUGACGUAUACUUGUCGCAAGAAACGUUCCAACAAGUCAAGCGGUCGUUCCCGUAUCUCGUUUCAAAAGAAUUUGCAUCGGGAGGGGGAGAUGUUCCCGAUUUUGUAUGGCACAUCAUCGACGACGGGGUUCCGUUUGAAAUAAAUGACACAGGAGUGUUUGUUACACCCUUCUCAGUACAACAUGGCCGGAUAUUCUCUACUGCUUGUUCGGCCUACAUUCCCGGUACCCCAAACGAAUUCUUAGCUGCGGACGUUAAGCCUGCCGAAAUGCUAGAAAAGAUGAACAUGAACGGACUGGAGUCACCCAAACCUGCCAAUUUGACAUUUACUAAAGAGAUCAUACAGCCCUACCUCUCCUUCGGCUUCAAAUUCCAAGAGCACCUCGUCUAUAUUUCCGACGUUUCCCAUAUCCCAGAGUCUGCCCGGUCGAUCAUUCGAGGUGAGAGGGAUGGGAAACGCCCAAGAGUCUGUGUUCUGGAUUGUCUACGUCUGAAACGCCAUACGUCGCACUUUGGGUUGGAUCAAAGUGUCGCAGCUGCGAGGGAACUUGGUGCUCUGCGUUCAUACUUCGUUGGGUUCUCAGAUCGUGUCAGUCAUGAGGAAUAUGUGACGAUCACAGAAGUUUUGGGUGGUAUAACCCAUGCAGAGGAGGAGCUGUCGGUGAAGGAGAAAAUUGGAAUAGGUCUGCUGGGAGAAGGAGAGAAGAUAUGGGCAAGGCCAGCUCAUGAUGGGUUAAGAGUGUUAAUAAAUUCAGAGCUUGGACUUGUCCGAGACGAUACCUACGACAAAUAAUUGCUGAACUUUCCAGUUGGCUUUACCCUAGGAGACAACUGCACUCUUUCAACGUGUACAAGAUAUAAAAAUAAA